AGAUAUAUUGCCCAGCUCUAAUAUAUAUAUAUAUAUGUGUGUGUGUGUGUGUGUGUGUGUGUGUGUGUGUGUGUUCUUACUGAGACACACUGGGGAACACCUCCUCCAGGGACUAGUGAUCAUGAGAUGAGUGUGCGUUUCUACACAGCAAAUUGAAUAGUGUUAAAUUUCCAGAGUUUUCCUUAACAGAGUAGAUUUUUAACACUGUAGAGUUGAAUGGGUGUACUGCACUCUGUCUGUAUGUAAACAGGUGACACUUUGUGGUGUUAAUUAUUGGUGUGGUGUUGGUGUAGUUUUUGUAGAGUUCAUUGUAAUCCUACAGUGUGCAUUUAUUGAUUGAGUCUCCUCGGUCCGCAUCUCGACAAUCCGACGUGAUGACGUCGCUGUACGUUACAUUUUGCCACACCCAGCUGAGAGCCGUUAUUUUUUGGCGGAUCGUUGUUGCAAGCUGACGGACACGGAGGACUUUUGCACCGUAUACCAAGAACAAAAACAGCAAUGCUCUUCAAAGUUCAGUAUCAAAGAAAGAAGAAGUACAUCAAACUAAAUGGAAUCUCUUACUCUGCAAUCUUGAAAGAAGCUAAGGAGAAGUUUGGGAUUCCCAGUGACACCAGCAUGUAUCUAACGGAUGAAACGGGAACAGAGGUUGAUGAAGAAGUCUUCAGUGAUGUCAUAGAAGAAAAAUCAGACAUUCUCUGGACUAUUGUUGAUGCCCAUUCAGUGAUCGAGUCCCCUGCACAGUCUUCCUGUACAGACACCCUGUCUCUCUCAUCACAGUCAUCUGAGACUGAGGAGUCCCUCACAUCACCAAAGAGGCUGCGUAUUGAUGACAGCAUAGAGGCGAAAGAGCUUAUCAGAACAGUCCUGGAAACAAAGGCAGGAGGGGAGAAGAUACUCAAAGAAUACAGCAAGACAAGGGAAAUUACAGACCAAGUACGACGGAAGCUCGUCAACAUUGUUGUUGCUGAUAUGGUUGAGAAGUACGGGAAUGCUCCACCCAUGGACAUCAGGACCCGUUAUGCUAUGGGGAUUGUUGGACUUUUCCCAUCACUUAAAGAUCCUUUCUCUCAAAAAGGAUAUGAGCAUUUUUUUGAUGCCAGCAGUAAUGAGGGCUACAUUGCUUGGAAGUUAAAAAACAUGCAGCGAGAAUUUAGCCUUGGCAGGAGGAGCAGCAGCAGCAGCAGCAGCUCCACCACCAGUAGGGAAACAAAAGAAAGAGGACCAGAGUUUGAAAGAGAGGUGACUACUGCUCAUCAGUUGGAUGGAGACCAGUGUAGGGAGGCCAUUUCUCUACUGAAGCACAGCACAGAUGUUGAGCAGACCUUCAUGAAAAUGAGACAAACCUUCCAGUACAGACAGAAAUUGAUUCAUAAUCCUGAGAAAUCCAGCACGGUGUUUACUGUCUUCCCAAGAUUCCUGAACACAAAAGGACUGGUCCUGCAAGACUUUCAGAUGUUGUUUGGAGAGGAGACCUCUUCAAAGCUCCUGGAGAAGUGGGGAACAUUCCUUAAGACAAAAAUCAUAAAAGAAGCACGGAACCUCACCAAGACACCCACACUUGAUUCUCUUAUCCAUGCUGCAGAGGAGAACCCAGAUGAAGAUGUCCCAAGCUGGGAUAGUGACAUGGCCUCACUGCUGCUCUUGGUUUAUCUCCUGCCUCCACCACCUGGUGGGAAAAAGAGACCUGUGAAGAUCAGCGUCCGGGAAGCAGUGGAUCACGUUGUCAAGUUUCACAAGUCUUGCCGUAGCCUUCAAGAGGUGACCAGCUCAGACAAGGGGAGACAGCCCUACAUCCUGGCAGUUGGGACAUCAAAAAGCAGUAUUCAUGACUACUACAUCGUGGUGGAUGGGCAACUCCUUCCCUGCAAGGCUAAGUCUUCCCUGUCUGCCUUUGAUGAACUUUUCAAAACACAUUAUGUUUUCGGCAUCUCUUAUGACCAGGCCCUUAACAACAUGUACACAUUUGUACAGACCACCAUUUACAACAUCGAUGUGGGCCUCUGUCAUGAAAGUCCAAGGGUGAAGGACAUGAGAUCUAAACUCCUCAACUGA